AAUGGGAACUAAGCGCCCCCUCCAUGAACGAUCACCACCUGGAUUGGACAUUGUACCAGCCAGUCAGAGACGGCGACUUUCUUUUUCUAACAGUGACUUAUCAGAUACUCGACAAUUAAAGGGGCUCUACGAACUCUGUCUUGAUCAAGUACUUCGAGGAUUACACCCUGUUUCAAGAGACACGGCUAUUAGGCUUGCUGCAAUUCAAUGUUUUGUACAAUAUGGACCUUUUUAUGAUGGAGUACAAAGCAGUGUUCGUGCUUACAAUUUGUUGCCAAAAGAAUAUUUACAUGCAAGAGAACACGAGAAAAAUAUAAUUGAACAAUACCGAAAUUUAAUUUUUCCAAACGACAUAGCUGCACAACGGAAAUAUUGUGACAUACCGAACCUGUCCGAAAUAGUAAGCUUUUAGAUUUUAUUAAAAAUAAUGGAAAGACUGGAGUU